AUGGUAAACCGCGAGAUGUCUUGUCGGCUGCAUCUGCUGUUUGGAGUGCUUGUCGCAUGCCUGGCAGCGGCAUGUCAAGGCUUUACUGUGCCGCCAUGCUCCCACCGAAUUGCCUCUUGCUGCCAAACUCCCACUACCGGUCGGUUAGUCUUGAGCAGCAACAAGAACGACGGCAAUGACGAUGACGACAAGAAGAAGAAGGUGUACCAAGACGAAGAAGAGGCAUCCCGCAAAGUGUUUGACAGUCUAUCGACUGGUCAAGGCUUUGACAGUGCCAUUUUCGCUUUCGGUAUUGGCUUUUUGGUAUUUGGUUUCCUGCUCAACAUUCUCGGUUACGACUAUGUCGUCAAGGAUGGACGAUUGACCAUUGAUACGAUAGAAGCUCGUCAGUUUCAAACCGAAGUCAACAAGGCCAUGAAGGCCCAAAAAAGAGAGAAUGCACCUCCCAGCGCCAUUAACAGUGUCGAUGUCCCGCCAGCAGCAUCAUUAUUAUUGGAAGCACCACCACCACAAGAAUGA